AUGGAUGUCUUCGAGGGAAUCAGCCUGGCAAACUGGGUGUGUUUGGCCAAAUGGGAGAGUAGUUACAACAUCCGAGCUACAAACUACGAUCCUGGAGACAAAAGCACUGAUUAUGGGAUUUUUCAGAUCAACAGCCGCUACUGGUGUAAUGAUGGUAAAGCCCCAAGAGCAGUUAAUGCAUGUGGCAUAUCUUGCAAUAUUUUGCUGCAAGAUGCUAUCACUCAAGCUAUAGCUUAUGCAAAGAGGGUUGUCAGUGAUCCGCAAGGCAUUAGAGCAUGGGUGGCAUGGAGAAACCAUCAUCGGAACCACAAUCUCACUCAGUACAUUCAAGGUUGUGGAGUUUAA